CAUUCAGGAAGUGGCUGUUUGUUGGAGUAAGAGCCAGUGAACUCUGCAACGGCUCCCUCUGCUCCCUCAGUGCAGCUCAAAGGCAGCAACAAUGUUCUGGAUUCUCCUGGUUCUGGGUCUCGUCGUCCUCGCUUACAUUUUCCGUCAAGUUGUGCUAAUAGGAAGGAGCUGCAAGAGCAACGCAAAGCUGCAUGGGAAAACUGUGAUAGUUACUGGCAGCAACACUGGCAUAGGGAAGGCCACGGCCAUAGAGCUGGCCAAAAGAGGAGCCAGAGUGAUCCUGGCCUGUCGCAGCAAGCAGAGAGGAGAAGCUGCUCUGCAGGACGUCAAGAGGGAGAGUGGCAGUGGUCAGGUGGUGUUCAUGCAGCUGGACCUGGCUAGUCUCAAGUCGGUCCGCAGCUUUGCAGAGAACUUCCUGAAGACAGAACCCAGACUGGACAUCCUGAUCAACAAUGCAGGUGUCCUCCUGAUAGGUCGAACAGAGGACGGAUUUGGUUUGAUGUUUGGCGUCAACCAUCUUGGUCACUUCCUGUUAACCAACCUGUUACUGGACCGGCUGAAGGAGUGCGGACCAAGCAGGGUGGUGAAUGUGUCGUCUGCGGCCCACAACUGGGGAAGAGUCGACUUUGACUGUCUCAACACGCACAGAGAUCUGGGAGUAGGAACAUCAGGGUUAGACUGCUUCAGAGUUUACGGCGACAGUAAGCUGUGCAACGUUCUCUUCACCCACGAGCUUGCCAAGAGACUGAAGGGAACCAAGGUCACUUGCUACUCCCUCCAUCCAGGGGCCAUCCAGACUGAGCUGGGCAGGAACACAGAUGGGACCAUUCACGUGAUUUUUUCGAACCUUGGAAAGCUUUUCUUCAAGACUCCGCUCCAGGGAAGCCAAACCACUCUGCACUGCGCCCUGCAGGAGGGCAUCGAACACCUCAGUGGGCACUACUUCUCCAACUGCACCGCAAGUAACGUCUUCGCCAAGGCCAGGGACGAUGCCGCCUCAAAGAAGCUGUGGGACAUCAGUGAGAGGUUCUGUGGCAUCUAAAGAGUGUUUUAAUCCUGUUCAAAUAAAAUCCAUUAUUUCUUUAAGAGUAGGAAUAUGCUGUAGAGAAUAUGCAACAUGUGCUCCUUGUAAGAUAUCUUGUUUAACUUACAAUCCUUGAGGCCUAUGAUACUGGGAAAACUAUGAGGACUUUAUUAGGACAUGGAUACAUAAGAAAACAUCAACAACACGUUUUCCAUGAUAGGCCAAGUUUGUAUAUACAGCAACUUAACCAGCUAAUGGGAGACAAGUAUGGAAUUAAUAUAAAUCUGUCACAUUUUGCAACUAACGCAUUAUCUGCACAUAUGCACACUGCUGAAUGAGACUUGUAUUAUUAAGAGAACGUAUAAAACAUAGAAAUCUCGAUAGUUCUUUUGGGACUAUUGACCUUGGAAGAGUACAGCUUUGGAUCAACUUGUGUAUGUCUAUAAGUUGAUGAUGAAUGGAGGUCGAAUUUGCAAACUACAAGGAUUUCCUGUUUUCAACUUUGACGUUACCCACAACCAUAAAGUUUAGAAUUUAGGCUUUUCUAUUAGCCAUUGUUCACAGAUCAAGACACAAGCAGAAAAUAUCUGAGGGAGCUAAGAAGCUGCAACACUGACACUCAUGUUAUGUCCCAGAAACGUGUCAGGGAGAAAAAGACCACCCAAGGCCUGCAGGCAGUCCUGAAAGAACAGGGAUGAGUCACUGCCACUGCUCUGACUCUGCAGAUGAAGCCUGCAGUGUUGCACGCUUUAACUUUUCAUUUCUGUGACAAAUCUUGUCCGUUUCCAUCUGGACCUGUGCCACACCGCUACAGCAGUGGUCAUCAGGCAAGAGGCAGAGUUCUAGGGUACGUCCUGGGCGGGUCGCCAACCCGUUACGGUGCAGCACAAUUUGACAUUUUGUAAAUAAAUUUGCUUAAUUGAAACAUGCCAAUUGUGAAAAAAACAAAAAAGAGAAAUCAUGUUUUCCAAUAAACAUCAUGUUUUUGCACUAGGA